UUCCCCUGACGUGCAAGCUGCUUGUGUAAUUUCUCUGUUGUGUGUCUGACAUUCAGACAUCGGUAACAAUUUUCACAGAGGAGGAUCAGUUCAUCCACUUGUCUCUACGUGGCAGAAAAAGAAGCGUUAAAAUGCUGUCGUCUUUCGUUGCGAAAAGACUGGUGACAGGGUUGUGCCAGGCAGCAUGGAGACCAGCAGCUGCAGGGCUGGUAUCAUCUCGUGGUUACCGCGGAGACGCGCCGGAUGACACCAGGGGUGACCUGAUUGAGAUCCCUUUGCCACCUUGGGAGGAGAAGCCCGGUGAGCCCACUGACAUCAAGAGGCGCCGACUUGUCUAUGAAAGUCGCAAGAGGGGCAUGUUGGAGAACUGCAUAUUGCUGAGCCUAUUUGCAAAGCGAUACCUGAACACAAUGAAUGAGAACCAGCUGCAGCAGUAUGACAGACUGAUCAAUGAACCAAGCAAUGACUGGGACAUCUACUACUGGGCAACAGAAGCUCAGCCCACCCCUGAGGUUUACCAGGGAGAGGUCAUGGAUAUGCUGAAGGAGUUCACAAAGAACCGCAACCAUGAACAGAGGUUGGACGCUCCCAGCCUGGAGUACCUGGAAAAGGAAAGCCAGUGAGGUGCACGGUCCUCUGGACCUUCUCAGAGACUCAUUUAUGGUGGGGCACUGAGUGAAUAUCAGUAUCCCUCCAGAUCCUCCGGAAGUCUGCUGUGUUUCUCUUGCUACACACAGCAAAUUGUACAAAAUAUUGUGGGGUGCAAAAUAUUUGGAACACUUUACAAUCUCUUACUGUUCACCUGAUUCAGUGAAAUAUCAGCUAGAGCAGUUGGUCAUUAAAGGGAGAGGAAGAUUUGUGGAAAAUUCAGGGGAAGUUUGUGGAUCAGAAAAAGACUGAUGCACCACGAUGUUAGAAAUGUGUUAUGAAUAUUUUGCAGUAAUUGUUUUGUGAUUUAAGACUGUAAUUUAAAACUGCUCAAUGUGUGAGCUGCAUUCUGGAUAAGCCAGCGAUCAAUAAUAGAUACAAGCUGAUCUGUAAAAUGAUUUCACUGUGCCUAUUACAGACAUUAUGGGUUAUUUAAUAAAUGUUGAUCCUCUUA